UUCUUUUUCCAUGGAUUGUAGAGUUUAUGCGGAAUCCAUGUGUGGAUGCUGGCUUGAUCCCACCUUUGGUUCAGCUCUUAAACUGUAAAGAUCAGGAGGUGCUUCUUCAAACGGGGCGUGCCUUGGGCAACAUAUGCUAUGACAGCCAUGAGGGCAGAAGUGCUGUUGACCAUGCAGGUGGGGCACAGAUUGUAAUAGACCAUUUAAGGUCACUGGGCAGUAAAACAGAUCCAGCCAAUGAGAAGCUCUUGACUGUCUUUUGUGGCAUGCUGGUGAACUAUAGCAAUGAGAAUGAUACUCUGCAAUCUCAGCUCAUCAACAUGGGAGUUAUUCCUACAUUAGUGAAGUUAUUGGGCAUCCAUUGCCAAAAUUCGGCUUUGACUGAAAUGUGCCUUGUUGCCUUUGGAAAUCUAGCAGAACUUGAAUCAAGUAAAGAACAGUUUGCCUACACAAAUAUUGCAGAAGAACUUGUGAAGCUCUUUAAAAAGCAAAUAGAACAUGAUAAGAAGGAGAUGAUAUUUGAAGUUUUGGCUCCCUUGGCUGAAAAUGAUAUCAUUAAACUGCAGCUGGUUGAAGCAGGUCUUGUAGAGUGUUUACUUGAAAUAGUCCAAAAGACAGUAGACAGUGACAAAGAAGAUGACGUUACUGAGCUUAAAACUGCUUCUGAUCUCAUGGUUCUUCUACUUUUGGGAGAUGAAUCAAUGCAAAAAUUAUUUGAAGGAGGAAAAGGCAGUGUGUUCCAGAGAGUGCUUUUAUGGAUUCCUUCUAAUAGCCAUCAACUUCAACUCGCAGGAGCAUUGGCAGUUGCAAAUUUUGCCAGAAAUGAUGGAAACUGUAUCCAUAUGGUGGAUAAUGGUAUUGUCCAGAAACUGAUGGACCUAUUGGACAGGCAUGUGGAAGAUGGAAAUGUGACAGUGCAGCAUGCGGCACUGAGUGCUCUCCGAAAUCUUGCAAUUCCUGUUGUAAAUAAGGCAAAAAUGCUGUCAGCUGGUGUGGCAGAAGCAGUAUUGAAAUUUCUCAGAUCCGAAAUGCCGCCUGUUCAGUUCAAGCUGCUGGGCACAUUAAGAAUGCUAAUAGAUGCACAAGCAGAAGCUGCCGAGCAGUUGGGAAAGAAUGUCAAGCUGGUUGAAAGACUAGUGGAAUGGUGUGAAGCCAAGGAUCAUGCAGGUGUGAUGGGAGAAUCCAACAGACUACUGUCUGCUCUUAUACGACACAGCAAGUCCAAAGAUGUAAUUAGGACCAUUGUUCAGAGUGGUGGCAUUAAACACUUAGUUAUCAUGGCAACUAGUGAACAUGUAAUAAUGCAGAAUGAAGCUCUCGUUGCUCUGGCAUUAAUAGCAGCUCUAGAAUUAGCCACAGCAGAGAAAGAUCUUGAAAGUGCACAGUUAGUGCAGAUUCUACACCGGCUCUUAUCAGAUGAGAGAAGCGCACCAGAAAUCAAGUACAAUUCCAUGGUGCUGAUCUGUGCACUUAUGGGGUCAGAAUCUCUUCACAAGGAAGUGCAAAGCCUGACUUUCCUAGAAGUCGUAUCAAAACUCCGCAGCCACGAGAACAAAACGGUCGCCCAGCAGGCUUCCCUCACAGAGCAGAGACUCGCUGUGGAAAGCUGAGGAAGGGGGCGCCAGUUCCACAUUAGCAUCAUGUCACUGACCUCACCUCCUGUCCUGUCCUGCUGCUGUUACUCCAGCCGUGUUUUUUCCACCGUCACUAAUGCAUGCGUGUAACAUCCCCACACCACACUGUUAUAGGUACCUCUCUAAAUAAGAUUUCUAAAACACCCAUAGCCAAUUGUCAUAGGAUCCUGUCUUUCUUAUCCACACAGCAGACGCAUACAUGCAAUCUGCAGCCUUGUUGUCGUUCUCCUUGUAUUCUUGUUGCUUGGGCCACAUACUAGAAUGUGCAUGUUGUAGUCCUGUAAUAAUGUAAAAGUGGUACAACCGUGAUGACACCUCCCCUCAGACUCCCUACUUCCUCAGUAGAGGCAGCAAGACGGUUGAGAUGAGGCUUGGGAGCACACCUCUCUUUUUGCUGCUUUAGAUAUGAAAGAGGGAAGAGGGAAAGAAAUCUUGCUGCUCAUUCACUGGUCUUGCCUACUAAUGUCAAUCCUGUGGUACCUAGAGAUAAAACCAAUA